GCAGAUAAGACCAUAUGGGCGGGAAGGGACGUUUGGUGAGACACUCCUUUCUCAUAAUGCAAACCUAUGUUGAAAUGACUAUACAAAGUUGCUUGUAGCUAUUGACAUAGGGGAGCAGAAGGACAAAUUAGUAAAUUAUGGAAGGCUUUGGAAAAGAUCAUCAUUAUUCAGAAGUGGCUGAAAACCCUGUUCAAACAAGUGAGCACCGCGAGGAGAAGCAAGAUGUUUCAGUGGUUACAACACGACGCCUUAGAGACCGAGAACUUCUAAAAAGGAAAAAGGAAGAAGCACAAGAAAAAGACACUUUCCAGGAAGAAACUAGGAGCAAACGUCAGCGGAAGGGGACUGGUCGAGGAAGGAGGAAGCAGCAAGUAAAACAGCCUGAGCCACAACCGGAGCCAGAACCAGAACCAGAACCUCAAGUACAUCUAGAACCCAAGAUUCCAGAGGAGCACACAGAGGUGGCUCAGGAACACUUGGAGCAUCAUGAAGACCCUGUAACAUCAGCAGGUGGGGAUGUGACGUUGUUAAUAUACGAGGAGGAAGGAGGACAUAUUCCAAACACCAGUAUCUCCUCUCUAACAGUUGAAAAGGAAGAGGUGCCAGAGUCAGAACCUGUGGCAGUCUCUGAAGUACCUGAAGGUCUAACAUUCCAUGUGAAUGCAGGAAACGAGGAGCAACAAUAUUAUACUCCAUUGCUUUAAAGCGUAUUAUGUAUAUAUGAAUUCCCUUACACAAAUGCAUACAGAUACUGCAUGAAUUAUGUAUAAAGAUCAUGUCAUAAUGAAUAAAGUAUGAAGGGCUACGAA